AUGAAACUCACAAUCGCAUUGUCAUCAAUACUGGCUGUCUGCUCGGUCACAGUCGCCAAUCCAGUUAUUCCUAAAUCGAUUAUAAAUGGACAAUCUACUGCUACUCCAAUUCUUCCUAGCUCAAUUACAAGUGUUGCAUAUAUAUCUACUUCAACUCUUUCUAGCCCAGCUAUAAAUGUCAAAUCUACAUCUACUCCAAUUCUUCCCAGCUCGAUUGCAAGUGCCAAAUCUAAAUCUAUUUCCAUUCUUCCUAAAUCGAUUAUAAAUGGAAAAUCUACUCCUACUCCAAUUCUUCCUAGCUCGAUUACAGGUGCUGAAUAUAUAGUAUCUACGUCAACUCUUUCUAGCUCGAUUAAAAGUGCUAAAUCUAGCUCUACUCCCCAUUCUUCCUAG